AUGAAUGCUGAGCAGAGAAGAGAUCGGAGACAAUAUCCGACUAUCCGAGAUCGAGUCACUCAGGCCUACUAUGAGCAUGGCAGAUUCUGUGCCUUUCAUCCUCCACUUUGCCUCUCCGUUUCGAUAGUUUGCUUUUUGUUCCUCGCGUUUCCAACGAUUUCUCGUUUUCGUCUUCCCGUCUCAUCUCCCAUGGAUGUUCAUUGGACUACGGGAAGUCUUGAAAAAGAAAACGGCCCAGACUGGUUACAAUUAGCCCCAGCCGCGUACCUGCAACAAAUUGUGAUCAGAGCUGGGGUGGAACCCUGGAAUCCGAACGUUCUGAAUGCUGAACAGUCUGUUCGAGGACCAAUUUCUCGAGCCUUUUCAGCGAUCGAAAAGCUUCGCUCGGUUCCCGGGUUAAGCGCUGCAUGUCUUCAUGUGCAGCGUCCAGCCUCCACUCUGCCAAUCCCGGAAAAAGAUUGCCUUUUGAUUGCUCCCACGUAUUUCUGGAAUGAUACAAUGGAACAGUUUUUAGAGGAUACGAACGUGGUGAGCACAGUCUUUUCCCCUCCAUGCGCUCCAUCACUGUGCAUUCGGGAUUUGUUGUUGGGAAUGCCGGCUGGGAUGACUGGCAUCAAGCAGAGAUUUCAGACAAAUCGAAAACGAAACAUCGACUUCGGGUUGACUCUCUUUUUUCAUGAAUACAAUGAGAAAGUGAUCGAGUCUCUCCGGUCAGCGCUCGAUCACGAGUUCACUCGGGUGCAAAGCGCCGCCCAAGACGAGAGCACUUUUGUCCAUGUCUUCUACCGACCGAGAAAGUACUUCGCCGACUAUUUCCCGCUCCUUUUCUCGUAUCUCGUGUUUGCGUUGUACUUGUACUACUCGGCCUCUAAAUUCGAGAUGGUUUCUUCGAGAGCUGGCCUCGCUUUAGCUGCCGCGUUCACCAUUGCUGCCACUCUUUUGAGUACAGCGGGAGUAUCAGCCUAUCUCGAUCUGCAGCCAUCGCUAUGGGGAGCCGAAGUGUUUCCUUACUUGGCCUUGAUUCUUGGACUAGAGAAUAUCCUCGUCAUAACGAAAGCCGUGGUCUACACCCCACCCUCGUUGGAUGUGGCUUCAAGGAUCGCGCACGGGCUUUCACACGAAGGCUACACUCUCACCAAGUAUUUCAUUUUGGAGCUGAUCUUUCUCUCCGUGGGAUUCGUCACUGGGGUGCCCGAAAUUCAACAAUUCUGUCAAUUCGCCUUCGUUGGCUUGGUGGCUGAUUUCUUUAUGCAGCUGUUCUUCUAUGUGCCAUGCUUGGCGUUAGAUCUUCAUAGAUUGGGCGAUGAGGAGAAGAAGCGUUUCUCUCUAUUGUUGUUGACAUGUAAAGUGCCUCAACUCGGCACUUUCCCUGCCGUUAAUUGCCCUGUUAAACGUCUUUGGCCGAGUUUAUUUGAAAGAGCUCGCAAGAGGAGAGUUAAGAGGACACUUUCCGAAUCAAGGAUUGAUGAGAAUUUAAUUGAAGCUUCUGAGGGGAAUGAUAAGAAAAAGACUCACCGAAGAUCAGCUUCUUCUCUAAAAUGCGCCUUUGAUGACAACGGGAAACCGGUGCAGAGCACGGUAUCGGCAAGAAGACUUCGAAUCAUGUACUUCAUCGCAAGGACCCGUUUCUUCCAGAGAACACUUAUGGUUCUGUUCGCUUUAUGGGUGAUCUGGCUGGGAUUCAUCGUUCGGAGGAAUCUUCCUGAAAAUGGGGCAAAUAGUACAGAAACCUCGCGAUUUGGUGUCUCACAACGACUAUUGGAGACCGCUCCACAGGAAUGGGGUGAAUGGCAAAGGAGAACGUUUAAGUGGUGGCCCGUUUUAUUCGCCGAGUACAAUCUCACCCUCAGCGGUCAUUAUAUCACCUAUCUACCGCCGAUCGUCGUCAAAGCCGCUAUUCCACCAAAUGAUCCAAUGCUAUUCCCGAUUAAAGGAAAAGAGACGAAUGGAUCGAAAGAAACGAAAAGAGAACAUGUGAAAGAGGCGCCGAAUGAGUUGAGAUCUCGAAUCGAGUGGCUUGAGUUGCAACUCCGUGUCUACAUGGUUGUUUGCCUCUUUUGUGUGCUCACCAUUGUCAUUCUUUUCCUCCUUUACGCCUGUUUCUGGGGUCAAUGGCGAAAUGGAUGGAAAUUUCAUAAUAAUGCAUCGAUCGCCGAAGAGCUCGCACAGCAACACGCGAAAAGCAAGAAUUUUAGCGAAUCCGUCCCAUUGAAAUUGGUUGGUCAUCGUUUUCCAGUGGAAAUGGUUUUUGCGUGUGGCCCUAGAAAUGAGAUUAUCGUCUCGAUUUGUCAAGAUGGAAAAGUGAUAUUUUGGGAUGAGGUUACAGGAGAAAAACGUCAGCUACUCAACCGAAAUCGAGCUCUUCCCACCGGAAAUUCAACUCAACAGGACACCCAAGAACCCACUGAAAUCACUGAUCCAACGCCAAACAGUGAUUCGACAAAGACAACGACAAAAUCGUCACCAAAAACCCCAAUCGAAACACUGCCGUCGAUUUGGUGUGCAAACGCAGACGAACGAGUGCUUGUGUUGGGCUGUGCGGAUGGAUCAAUCGAGGUGGGCUCGCUGGAAAGAGCGAAACUCCUCGGCGUUUAUCUGCAGAGUCAAUCUGGUGUUGGACAUAUAAAGAUCAAAAACGAUUUCCUCGUGCUGGCGAGACUUGCCGGAACAGUUGAGUCGCUGAAAAUUGACUACACAGACUCGGAGCCACUUCGCAUUCGAUCGAUUCGUCAACUGUGCCAAGCGCCAGCUCACCAGAAGCCGAUCACCGUUUUGGAGUGCGCGUCGAAAUGUUUCAUCACCGCUUCCCACGAUCAUACAGAAGGGAUGGCCGCG